AUGCCCCCACAGUUGAGCCAGCUCCUCGGCAUGCCAUCCCGCGGGCCCAGCGUUCUCCGCUACCUCCGCCUGGUGCGAGGUCAACCCCGGACAACACGCGCAUUUUCCACUCCGAAUCCACCAAAGACCUCGCAAUUGAAACCAAAUGAUUCUCUAUCUCGUCUCCGCCGCUUCAAUGACCGCCUCCCUCGCUUCCUUCGUGCAUAUACCACACCUCUCUUCGGCGCACCAGUCACUCAUGUCACAUCGUUCUUGAUACUUCAUGAGAUCACUGCUAUACUUCCUCUGUUUGGACUAGUUGGCGCCUUUCAUUAUGGUGCUUGGAUGCCAGACCUCAGCUCUGAAACCGGCGAGUCUAAUGCCUUUGAUGAGGGGGCUGCCCGAUUUGGUCGUUGGCUGAAGAAGAAGGGAUGGGUCGACGAGGCGGAUGUAGAUACAGUUGCGGAGCAUGGGGCCGGGGAGACCAGGGUAGAACGCGCCGGUGUGCGACUCGUACUGGAGUUUGCGACAGCCUAUGCCAUUACGAAAGCUUUAAUGCCAGCUCGGUUGGCGGCUAGCGUUUGGGCCACGCCGUGGUUUGCCAGGACAGUGUUCACCCCGACAGCAAACCUUGCUAGGAGGCUGUUUAAAAGGGGUUGA